CGCCACGUCACUUUCUUGUCGUUUUCUCCCCGGGCCCCCCGCUCUCUUUCUCUCUCUACUCUGGAUAAGUACUGACUAUUCCCGGCCACACUCAGACCCAUACGCUGACUAACAAAUUUUACUCCGCCGCCGCCGAUCGAGACGAUGCUGGCUGUUUUUGAGCGGUGCAUAGCGAAGCCGCCGCCGGAGCUCGGCCGUCCGCUUGCGGCGGGGUUGCGGCCGGCGUGCAGGUCCAGGCAGGAGAUCGCUGCGAAUUUCCGGUCUCGGAGGCCGGACACCACGCUGUACAACCUUGCUAACGGCAACUUCCUCGGACUCACUCACGGCGGCGAAAAUCCUUUGUACCCAAGAUCCAUAGUGGUGAUGGAGGACAUAUUCUGCAUCUUCUCUGGGGUACUGGACAACACUUGUGACUUGAGGAGAUACUAUGGCCUCUCAAGGCAAGCCACAGAGGCCAGCAUUAUGGUGGAGGCUUACAAGGUCCUCCGGGAUAGGGCACCCUACCCUCCGGACCAGGUCAUCAAGGGCCUCGACGGCAAAUUCGCCUUCAUCCUCUUCGACUCCAAAGCCUCCACCCUCUUUCUCGCCCGGGACCGUGAAGGAAGCGUGCCGCUUCAUUGGGGAGUCGCGACGGAUGAGUCUUUGAUGUGUAGUGAUGAAGCGGAGUUUGUCAAUGCUGCUUGUGGGCAAUGUUACACUCCUUUUCCUCCCGGGUGCAUAUUCAUGAGCGAGAGCGGGCUGACGAGCUUCGACCACCCGAUGCACAAAGUGAAGGGGACGGUGCGGGAGGCGGAGGGAGGGGGGAUCGACGCCGUGAUUUUCCAGGUGGAUUUCUACACCAGACUCCAUAGCAUUCCCCGCCGCGGCAGCGCCUCCAACUGGGCCGAUGCCGCCCUUGUCGACGGAGAUCAGAUUAAUUAAUUAAUUACAGAACGAGUGGACUAUAUUGUUUUUGUUGUAACUUUUGUUGUGGUCAAGGCUUUUGCUGUACGAUAAAGCAUCUGGUGGUUA